AUUUGUAUUUAGCACCGUCGUCGUGGGCACGUAGCGUAGCAGGCCAUGGAACUGCCGGCGAUAGUCUUUCGUUUUCCGUCGAUGUCAGACGCCUGCUAGAUCCUGACCUGCAAAUAGGCGCGUUCGCGUUUCGCAACCAUCGCGGUGUUGUAGCGAGUCGCCGCGCGAUUUCAGUUGCUAGAAAACACAAUUAUUUUUUUACGCAAGAACCAGUCCGCACAGCAUUUGAUCGGUUUACGAAAUAUUGCUUCAUUAUCAUUAGCAUUACUCAUUGAGUCUGAUACGCGCAGAUCCGCAGAUUCUGCAAGAGAGUUUUUUUAUGUCAUUCUGUUUUUUGUUUGCGUUCUCGUGUUUAUGUGGACUAGAAGUGAUCGUUUUUCCUUACAAGACGUCUUCUGUUCGUAAGAAGUAGAAACAAACGAUUAAAAAAUAAUUUUGCUGCUGGCAGUUGAUCGUGACUUUUGAUGCUGCUUCCAACUAAGAGCACCAAGCACAAAAUGGUGAGCGUACACACAGACUGAUCGAGACGCGUCGGCCGUAGCGGCUUCCAAUUGAACAAUCAUGCACGGCUCUGAAUCGCAACCUUCCUCCCGGAAGAAACGAUUUCCGGGCAGGUGGUCGCUCAGACACCUUAUCUAUUCCAGCCCGAUCCUGAACAGACGCAGGAACAGCCAGAAUGUGCAGCUAGCUAGUACUGGCGGAGCUUCUAAACACAGGAAGGAAGGAAAUGUAUUGGAUGUAAUAGUAGGACAUUCUUCCAAGGAUUCUGAGAGGCAUCACGUUGAAAUUCAUCAGGCAACUAGUAGGACAUCAGUCUUUACUACAAGUACAAAGAGCGGCGUGACCGGAAACGAUGUCAUGCCUUUGGGCGGACCUCUUGGGACGUCCGAAUGUCCAUUAUGCCUCGCCGAGGUACUGUCAGAAGAAAUGCGCGAGCUAGAAGCUUGCGCACACAGAGCUUGCCACACCUGUCUUCAGCAGUACCUGAGGGUGGAGAUCACGGAGAGCAGGGUGGCCAUUUCGUGUCCUGAAUGCCUGGAACCGAUGCAUCCUAAUGAAAUUCGUGCGAUCUUGUCGAAUCCAGCUUUGUACGAGAAGUAUGAAGAUUUUAUGGUUAGGCGUGUUUUGGCUGUGGAUCCAGACACUAGGUGGUGCCCUGCACCAGAUUGCAGGUUUGCUGUGAUAGCUAGUGAAUGUGCAAGCUGCCCAAAAAUAAAGUGCGAAAGGCCUGGUUGCGAUUCAUAUUUUUGUUACCAUUGCAAGGCGGAAUGGCAUCCAAAUCAAACAUGCGAUGCUGCAAGAGCCCAGCGAUCUCCAAACAUCAGAUCAUCGUCCAUCAGUUAUAGUCAGGAUUCUCAACAUAGAGAUGAUAUAAAGCCAUGUCCGAGGUGCCAGGUGUUGAUAGUGAAAAUGGACGAUGGUUCCUGCAAUCAUAUGAUGUGCGCUGUUUGUGGCGCCGAAUUUUGUUGGCUGUGCAUGAAGGAAAUCAACGAUUUACAUUUUUUAAGUCCGUCGGGUUGUACGUUUUGGGGCAAGAAACCAUGGUCCCGGAAAAAGAAGAUUCUUUGGCAGCUAGGUACUCUAGUCGGUGCUCCUGUAGGCAUAGCUUUAGUGGCCGGUAUUACGGUACCGGCGAUGAUAAUAGGCAUUCCAGUAUGGGUGGGUAGAAAACUCUAUACACGUUAUAAGUCUGUGAACAAACAUAAAAGAAAUGCGGCCAUCAUCGGUGGAGUCUUGGCAUCGGUGGUGAUCUCUCCAAUCUUGGCCAGCUUAGCUGUAGGCAUCGGCGUACCGAUCCUCCUUUUCUACGUAUACGGCGUAGUACCUGUGUCAUUAUGCCGUUCGGGCGGCUGCGGGGGCGGUAACAACGGCUCUGGGGGCGGCAACGAAGAGGCGCAACCUCAACGGGAGGGCAGCGCAUCGGGCGUCGUGCAGCCUGACACCGCCUCUAUUGGUGCGCACAGUGCUGCCACAGCUACGGGGGCGAAUCCAUCGAUAGGCGAAGCCUCUCUAUCGAUGGCAAGCAGCAGCCACGUAGUCCUGCGAGGGUGCGGGGACCCUGACCGCGAAUCUGGCACAUCCACUGGCGCGCUGGCCGGCAGCCUACGGUGCGGCGCAGGUGCCGGGAGUACCAAGGCGGAAGACAUCAAGGCGGCCCCGCAGAGAUUGGAGGUGCAGGCGGACGUGGGCAGCCAAGGGGCGAGCAGCACCGAAGGCGGCAGUACCGGCAGGCAGCAGCGGUACAGCCUGACCAGCCUUACGGAAUCGGUGCUGACGGCUGACGAUGCCACGGCCAGCGUUAGAGCUUUGGCCGGCUCGGCGGUGCUCAAUUUCAAGACUCCAGGCAGCGAUUCGUGCAGCUGCGUGACAAUGGAAGACUGUACAUCGGAGAGGGUGCGAUUCGACGAUAACGUCAGCUUCAUCACCUCUUCGCAAGCUGAGAAAACUAGUAUUGGAAGCAGCUGUAGUUUUAGGUCUAGAUGUGCUAGAUCUGCGUUGGCGAAAAGUGACAGAGUGUGUGAUACCCUGAGUAACGACAGCAUCUGCAUAGAUAUGGAGGCUGAUAACUGUUCGUCAGCUUCUGCGCCAAGAUCGGCAUCGGUCUCCAGAAAGUACUCCUCGCAAGCUGCCGCGCUGCGCAGUCAGUUUUUCCACGAGGGUUCCAGGCCUACAGCGACGAACAGCCUCGACGAUGAUACUAUCAUCGAGGUGUCCAAUGAGACGCUGGACAGGGGUGCAGUUCCACCACCACCCCCUCUACCGCAGUGGUAAUUACAUCAACAGUGUACAGUUUUCUUCUCUACAAGGAAUCACUUGACGCUAGAAAACUUCAGGACUACAACGACAAUGAAAAACUGUAGUUACAUAUUUCAAGGUUAUAUUACAUUGGCAACGUUAUGACAGAGAUGUUACGUUAGAAAAAUGGAAGGCAAAUGAAAAUUGAGACUAAGAGAUCAAAUACAGAUAAUUUUCGUAAACACACUUUUUUAACAAUAGAAUAAAAAUGCUGAACAUUAAGACAAGAUAAUUUUCCAAAUGAAAAUUGAGACUAAGAGAUCAAAUACAGAUAAUUUUCGUAAACACACUUUUUUAACAAUAGAAUAAAAAUGUUGAACAUUAAGACAAGAUAAUUUUCCAUAUUUCAAGGUAAAGCAUCAGCAUAUUUUUGAUAUUACAGUAAUAUGUCCACCACUACUUCUCUGAAAUAUAUGGAAAUAACUAUAGUCUAAAUUAUGUACAUCCGUUCAUACACCAAGAACAUUAAAUGCAUGAACAUAUAUAAUUCCACACUUUUAACUUGUUAUAGUGAUCUUUUACAGUAUGUGUAAUGUAAUUAAUAUACGUUGAAACCAAAAAAUUUUACAAAAAGAUCAUAAAAUGUAUGCAUUCCUUGAAAACUCAGCCUCAUGUGUAUAUCCUUCAAGAUAAGCACCAAAAUUAAAAUUCCAAUAGUACAUUUUUGAAACCUAUGAAGAUUUGCCGAAAUUUUAGUUGGCAUAUUUAAAUCUAGUCGAUUUGUCUGUAACUAUCUGCAAGCGUUGUCGUUGUAUUAGGUUUAUUUUAUUUGUAGGUGUAUAUACAAAUACGUGUGUUCUCGCCCCUCUUGGAAAAGACUGAUGAUACCCUACUGUGUAUAUAUAUAUAUGUUGUUCUUAGUGUGCUCGCGGAAGGUACCACGCACGCCAGAGGGUGUUUCAUAGAGGUUCGAAUCGCCAGCCCAGAAAUGGAACAAGAUGUUCAGAAAAAUUGACAUUUAAAUGGAACAAUUUUUAAUGGUCAGAUCAAGAAAUGCCGUUAAAAAUAUAUGUCGCAAACUAUUCCUUUUAAUUUUGAAUUUUAUGGUUUUAUCAAGCCUUGAUCUAGGUUCUUUUGGUGAACAUUAGGAAAUAUUGUAGUGUGCUGCGUAUGUAUUUUUAAGAGUUCUGAUAUACUGGUUUAUGAUUAUACAGCAGGCUUUGUAGACGUACUUUCUUCUUUUUUGAGUAAACCAUAGUUGAAUAAAUAAAUGGAAAACUAACACAGACAAGCAUGUUUUGGUCUCAAAAAAACCUUCACACCAACAGUCCUGAUGUUUUUUUUAAAAUGUGUUGAUUUCAUAAUGUACAUCUUAUUUUUUGUAAAUACGGUAAAUGAAUGUUAUGUCAUUGCUAGUGUGUUAUUACAAGAAGUCUAUAAUUAAGGGAUUAGAUUGUUUAAAGCAUUUGACAUACUAAUAUUUCUUUAUGAUUUCAUCCCACCUAUGAAACGGACCUCUAUGAACUGCCAAAAUAUAUUGGUAUGCAUGAAAUAUAGCGGGCAAGCUCUAUUUAUUUUAUAUGUUGGUAUUAAACAUGUCAAUAACACUGUUUAGUACACGCCCUCAAGAUUUUAUUUCAGGCUUAGAAAAUCAGAUGUUACCAAUACGUAUAUUUUGACUGGUGAAAAUAGAAUAGUUGGGUAAUUUUUGAAUAGAUCUCACUUGAACUAUAAAAUUGGAACGUUUAAAGCAGUUUUAUUUGGGGACAUACUAUGCUUACUUUUUUUGGCUUCGUGAUAAUGUAAUUUAUUUUGCUAAGAAAAAAUGUUAAUUUUCAAUAGGACGAGAGUAUAGAUGGAAUUUUUUCGGAGGGACUGUACUAAAUAGCUAUUCAUAAACAAAAAAAAUGCUUAAUAAUUGUGUAUGUAUUUUGUAAGGUUAAAAUAUUGUCUUAUCAAUAUUUUUUAUAUGCUUUGAUUGUUUAUCUGGAUCUAGCCGAGUUUAAAAGUCAUAUAUUGCAAGUUACAUUUUUUCAUGUCAAAAAUAUAUGAGCUGAUGUCUGAUCAAUAUAUUUGCCACUUUUUAUCAUUUCACAAUGCAGACGUAGGAACAUCAAAGGAUACUCGCCUUUCCGUUUUCCGAAUGAAACUAGACUAUAUCUAAAAUGCAACUUUGAUUAGCUUGAAACAAAAUACUACUACCAAUUAUAGUUUUUUAUUAUGCUAACUGUUGAAGAAGAAAUCUCGUUAUUUUUUUACGAUAUGGCUAUGUCUAUUCCAGCUCAUAUUUUUUUAUAUGUCAUAAUGCAGUUUGAUACUGAGAAGUAGUGACCAGCAUUCUAACGUCAUUGUAAUUUUCAUUUUUUUAUUAUCCUUUUUUGUGCAAAUAUUUAGUGGGUGAAAAAGAUUGUUGGUGCUACUGUGUUGUAUUUUUUCAGAUAGUAUCUACUUAUC